AUGCAAAUGCUCAACCGAACAAGGAAGGGAUCCGGGCUGCACGGCUCUGAUCGGUGGCUUGUAUAUAAGUCGAAGCUGGGGGACCGUUGUGGGCAGUCACUGCGUCUUCAUUACUCCAUCAGCAUGGAAAAAGACUAUUCAGAUACGCCAGAAAGUGCCGAGUUCACCGAGACUCAUACCGGGCAGGUGGAGACGGCCCAUAUGAGCAAAUGGCAGCGGUUCAAGUACGGAUUUGGCCCUGCGGACAUCAGCCAUAUUGACACCGAGGGUCUGACUCCGAUGGAGAUCACAGCUCUCAAGACAGCCAACUCUCCUCUUCAACGGGGACUCAAGGGCAGACAUCUCCAGAUGAUUGCUAUUGGCGGGUCUAUUGGCACGGGUUUGUUUGUUGGUUCGGGCAGCACACUUGCCAACGGUGGUCCUGCCGCUCUUCUCAUUGCCUACGGCAUUAUCGGAAUCAUGUUGCUGCUGACCAUGCACGCUCUAGGAGAGCUGGCGGUGUGUUUCCCCGUGUCGGGAGGGUUCUGCACCUACUUUACGCGGUUCAUCGACACGGCGUGGGGCUUUGCCAUGGCGUGGAACUACGUCAUGAACUGGUUUGUGGUGCUACCUCUGGAGCUGGUGGCUGCGUCAAUGACGGUCAACUUCUGGAACGAGAUGAACGGCACCCACAUCAACGCCGCCGCCUGGGUCUCCGUGUUUUGGGCCGUCAUCACCUGCAUUAAUCUGUUUGGAGUCAAGGGCUAUGGAGAGGCCGAGUUCGUCUUCUCCAUCAUCAAGGUGGUGGCUAUCGUGGGCUUUGUCAUUUUCGGAAUCGUCAUGGCCUGUGGAGGAGGACCUGAACGCGGAGACUUCCAUCAUUACAUGGGCGGAACCCUAUGGCAACACCCCGGUGCCUUUGCCCACGGAUUUAAAGGCGUUUGUGCCGUGUUUGUCACUGCUGCCUUUGCUUUUGCCGGCACCGAACUGUGCGGUCUGGCGGCGGCGGAGACCGAAAACCCCCGGAAAAUGCUGCCCCGAGCCACCAAACAGGUCUUCUGGCGAAUCUGUCUCUUCUACAUUGUGUCUCUGACCAUUGUGGGUCUGUUGGUGCCGUGGAACAACGACCAGCUGCUCAACGGCUCUUCUUCUGCCGACGCCGCCGCCUCGCCAUUUGUCAUUGCCAUUCGGCUGGCCGGAGUCAAGGGUCUGCCGUCGGUGAUGAACGUGGUAAUCAUGAUUUCGGUCCUGUCGGUCGGAAACGCCUCCGUCUACGGCUUUUCGCGAACCAUGGCCGCCAUGGGCGAGUCCGGACAGGCCCCCAAGAUCUUCGCUUACAUUGACCGCGAGGGCCGGCCCAUCUUCGGUAUUCUGGUGGUCCUGGCGUUCGGACUCUUCUCCUUCAUUGCCGCCGCCGGCGCCGAAACCAGAAACGAGGUCUUCAACUGGCUGCUGGCGCUCUCGGGUCUCUCCUCCGUGUUUGUGUGGGGCUCCAUCUGUCUCGCCCACAUCCGGUUCCGCUUGGCCCUCAAAUACCGGGGCCGAGGAACCGACGAACUCACCUUCCGCGCAGCGUUUGGAGUCUGGGGAAGCGUGUUGGGCCUGAUUCUCAACUGUCUAGUGCUCAUGGCCCAGUUUUGGAUCGCCCUGUAUCCCCUGGGAGCAAAGACCCCCAACGCGUCCGACUUCUUCCAGGCCUACCUGGCAGCGCCGGUGGUCAUUGCCUUCUGGAUCUUCUGGAAGGUGUGGAAGCGCGACGGCUUUCUGGGUCUCAAGGACCUGGACAUUGACACCGGCCGGCGCGAAAUGGAUCUCGACAAGGUGCGAGCCGAAAUGGCCAUCGAGGACGAGGAGCUGUCCCGACGCUCCUUCCUUUAUCGAACAUACAAUUUCUGGUGUUAG